CUUAUUCUUUGUCUGAAAUGGCUGCUAGCUGCAGGCUUGCUUAAUUUUGGCUGCAUCUGUUCUGUUCGAAAACAGGAGACUGCCAAUAGCCACCGUAAGUGAAAAAGCUGAAAGAGUUUGAAGAUUGCACAGACUGGAAAACAACUUCCAAGGUGAAAUUAAAUGACUUGAAAAUGGAUUCAUCUUCUCAUGGGUUCCCAGUGACCGUUUUAGAACAAACUGCCUCACAGCUAGGAUGCAAUCCAGCAGAUCAGAAACUUGCUUUGCACUUAGAUGAAGAAGAUGAGCUGAAACACCUCCGUGAAUGUUUCCAUAUUCCAAAAGUCAAGGAUCUACCUCCAACCGACUCAACUUUAGUGAAUGAAAAUGAAAGCUGCAUAUACUUUGCUGGGAAUUCUCUUGGACUUCAGCCAAAAAAAGUUAAAGCUUACCUGGAUGAAGAGUUGGAUAUGUGGGCUAAAAGAGGUGUACAUGGUCAUUUCAAUGGUAAGCGCCCAUGGGCUUUAGGAGAUGAGUGCAUCGUGGAGCUUAUGGCUGAUAUUGUGGGUGCUCGAAAGGAAGAAGUAGCCUUAAUGAAUGGCCUGACUGUUAAUCUGCAUCUCCAGAUGUUAUCUUUUUUUAGCCCUACUCCAAGUCGUUACAAAAUUCUUCUAGAAGCCAAAGCCUUUCCCUCCGACCAUUAUGCUGUUGAGUCUCAGCUUCAGCUUCAUGGACUUGAUGUGGAGAAAUGCAUGCUCAUGAUACAGCCACGCAAGGGGGAGGAGACCUUGAGAAUUGAAGAUAUCCUUGACAUAAUUGAGAAGGAAGGGGACUCUGUUGCUGUAAUUUUGCUGAGUGGAGUGCAGUACUACACAGGACAGCUGUUUGACAUCCCUAGAAUAACAAAGGCUGGCCAAGAAAAGGGUUGCUAUGUUGGCUUUGACCUGGCUCAUGCUGCUGGUAAUAUAGAACUGCAUUUACAUGACUGGGGAGUAGAUUUUGCCUGCUGGUGUUCCUACAAGUAUUUAAAUUCUGGAGCUGGGGGCCUGGCUGGUGCCUACAUUCAUGAGAAACAUUCCCAGACUAUAAAACCAGCGCUAAUAGGCUGGUGGGGUCAUGAAUUCAAAACUAGAUUUCUCAUGGAAAACAAAUUGCAACUAAGUCCUGGAAUCAAUGGAUUUCGGUUAUCAAAUCCUCCAAUUUUAUUGGUUUGUGCACUGCAUGCUAGUUUAGAGGUCUUUGGUCAAACUACAAUGAAAGCACUGAGAAGGAAAUCCAUUCUGCUAACGGGUUACUUGGAGUAUCUGAUAAAGCAUUACUACAGUGAGGAUAAAGCAAAUCCAGAGAAACCCUUUGUAAAAAUAAUCACACCACCUCAGAUUGAGGAAAGAGGAUGCCAGCUCACACUAGUUUUUUCUGGUCCAAUCAAAUCUGUAUUUAAAGAACUGGAAAAAAGAGGAAUAGCUUGCGACAUGCGAGAACCAAAUGCUCUUCGUGUUGCCCCAGUUCCUCUCUACAAUUCUUUCCAUGAUGUACACAGAUUUAUUGGAAUCCUGGGAUCUGCAAUUACAUCUGCAAAACAGGCAGCAAACAAUGCUGCACUAUCCUGAUCUUAUUGAUGGCUCAGCUGUAUCUUUUAAUCUAUUUCUGACUAAGAUGCAUUUAUUCUUCUGAGCAAUUCUGUCCUUCUAGUAGACUAGGCUAUAUUCACUGCAAUUUGCAACAACAACAAAAAAAGGGGCGGGGGUGAUUGAAUAGUUAUUUACAACAGACUGUACUUUUUAUUAAAGCUAAUAUUUCCUCUUU